GUUUGCCUCUUUCAGGUGGAAAGUUUAAUUGAUCGUAGAGCUCAGGACAUCUUAAUAGUUUUCAUAGAAUCAGGAGCAAGGUGAGUUGUGACCAACCAAAUUAAAUUUAGCGAUUAGCGGGGAAUUUUGGGUUUAUUCCUCAACUUUUUUUUUGGUUGUCAUGAUGCUACUGAAUAUCUGCUUUCGCUAAACAGCUGAUUCUGGUGCGCCUAAUCAUCGCGUUUUCACUUUGCAAAAUUUACUACCGUUCGAUUUCUUGAAUAAUUUUUGUCAAAUCAAUGUCUGCUUUUAUUUAAUGCACUUGAUUGUUGCAAUGAUUUACCUUUCGAUAAAGAUUUUAUCUUCCGUGGAUUUUUAGGCAAUCCAGGAUCGACUGAAUAUUUCUGACGUAUUUAAUGUAAUUUCAUGUGUUUUUGAUAAGCUUAGAUAAGAGAGAAUAUGCGGAAAAGAUAACUUGAUAAACGUAUUUUGAAUUUUGGCCGUAGACGAACUUAAUUCAUAAAAUCGUAGAAUCCUAUUCCAUUUUUUACACUGUGGGGCAUUGUGCGACCGGCAUCUUUCGAUAUAUAAAAGUGAAAAAGGCUCAUUAUGUGCUCGGGUCAAAGUCGAGGGAUAUCGCGAUGUCGUGAAACUGGAAUAAAUAUUGAUAAAUGCUAUACAUUCUCUACUGUACUUGACCAAUUAUGGAAUAUAUAUCUAGUUUGGUGGUUUUCUGCUUACGAGAGGAUGGACGGAAGUUAGAAAGUUUUAAUUUAUCGUGAUAACUACUCUCGUCGGUUUGACUUUCGAGUGUUCUUGACCGAAGUAUAGCUGUGAGGCUACGGGCUAGAAUUUGUCGGCUCAAAGAAGGAGGAUGUCUCCAGCAGUAGUUUGGAGGGUAUCAGUUAACAAAACGAUCCAACCGCUUUGGUAUGAAUAACUACUCAAGACUUAAGCCUUGAAUCUGGCACCCUCACAUGAAACAGGCAAUCAUUGUUGGUAAACAUUGUUAUUUGUUAAGUUGCAGUUUUAAAGCGCAAAGGAUUGCGAGUUUUUUGAUUUGAGCCUCGAACUGCUGUCGUAUCAAACUCUGCGGAGUGCUCCGGUCCCCAUUCUCCCCCGGUAGUGGUGAGAUUUCAGUUACAGGAAGUUCAUAUCAAAACUGGUGACUUGAAUGAGCGCUGGUAGGGUUUCUCAGUGUUAAGUUGUCGGUUCGAUUUAAACUUGAAGCGAGGCUAACUAACUCCGGACGGAGUCCGCAGCAAACCGGGUUUCUUUGAUGCAGAUUUGGUUGAACGAAUGAAACCCAGCCAGGAAUAAAAACAAAUCGUUGCUCUUAAUGAAUAAAAAGAAACAGUUGGUUGGUUACGGUACCAACAAUCAGGUUACCUUUGUUUUCUGGUAAACAGGAGAAAACAAAUGGCCCACCAGUAUGUUUGCACAUAAUUAAUAUAAAUCCGAUUGAAAUCCGCUUGUGAAAGGGAAAACUGCUUUAACGGAGCAUCAACUUUUGAAGACUGGAUAGUUGAUACACAACCUAAAUAACCGAACUAUAGGAGGAGAAACUUCAAGUUGGCAAUUUUAAGAAAAUUAUGUCGUUUGGGUUUUCGCAAAAUGGCGAACGCUCUUCGGGUAGGUGCUAUCAUGUGACGAUCAUCACAAUUUCUGUGAACGCAAGGAAUAGGAUUUACAAAUCUUAUUCGCUGAACAUCAAUUAUGUGAGAGAAUGGCAAAUUUAUGAAUUUUAGGUCUACUUAAGCAGAGAUGUUCAAGGAUAGAAAACUUUGUCACUAUUCAGUGGUUUUCCGGCCUAUUGCUGGCUCAGUCGGACACUUUUGGCAAUCAACUGUGAUCAAAGAUAAUCCUCGAAAAAGUGAAUACUAUAAUUUCAUUGAGGGUAUCAUCUGAAUCUAAAAGGUCCAUGUAACAUAAAAUCUAACCCCUUGCACCCGAGCAGGUCAUAAUUGCUGUUCAGUGCUUUUUAUAUAUUUUUUACGGCGAGUACGGUACCUGUUUAUGGAACAAUCGUGAAUCGAGGGUUGAGAGUUAGCCUGGUUUGCAUAGCUUUUGAUUUUACUUUACUAUGCGAUUGGGUAAAGUGCAUCGCACCACUUUUUCAACCAAUCAGAUACAAGACCUAAGCACUUGCAUCGCAUUAUUUUGGUUUUGAGUUUUUUGUCUUUCUUGCAAAGGGCCAUAAACGAUAGACAUUGCAUUAAUUAGACGGCUUUCGCUCGUCAAGCCAACUAGCAGUAUCACUAGCAUAAGUCAUUAUAAAUUCGCUUUGACGAUCGAAAGGUUAGUUUUAGAUUCUUUCGACGGUGGCCAAUUCACAUUAUCAACUUCACUGAUAAAACCAAACUACAUCAUAAAAUCGGUCACAUUUGCUUCGCACUCUUUGCUGUAGGUGUUAUUUAGCGCGUAAGUACCCUUUAAGACUCUGCAGUUAACCCGACAAGAUUCUUCCCGUCAACAUUUCUGAUCAUUUUACCUCUUUCUUUUUUCUGCAUGACAAUCCCACGUUAACAACCCAGGUCACGACAUGUCUAAAGAGAAGAAAACACCACGAAACAGUCAUGACGAAGAUAAGAUUAAAUCUAAUAUUCCGAGGCCCUCGCAUUGCUUAUGGCGUCCACUCCGUACUCUGUGGGAAUUAUUUGAUACUUACUACCUCGCGAUCGGAAUGAUACUGAUGAUGGCCGUUGGUACUCAGUGGCCGGCAUCAGGCAACUUUCUCUCCAAAAUAUAUUUUUCUCAAAUUUGUCUUUGGGUGUGUUUUCUUCUCUGUGGAUUGCGCACGACCACGGGAGAGCUUCUUACAGCCGUCAAGUCGUACAAAGCAGUCGUCUGGGGAAUUCUUACAAUACUCUUGGUGGUUCCCAUCACAGGAACGCAAAUUACAAAGACUAUACAGUUUGCGACGAUGAGAGAGGAUAAUGUGACCACUUCUCAAUCUACAGUUGUUGGAAAUGUCACUGCAAUUGGUCCCACGGAAUUUGCUUUUGCGCUUCAAGUGUUUUUCACCGUGCCAGCAAGCAUGUCUGGAGGUGCCAUUCUGGUAAGUUAGAAGGCUAAAAAACGAUCAGCUGCUCUUUCACGCCUACGCUGGUGAGCGAUGAGGCGAUUAAAGGAAUUCUCCCUUUAACGUUAGGGGCUCUUAAGAGAUUCCAUAGGUUAGGACUUCGUCAAAACAGCCCAGUGUCUAUGUAACUAUCUUUGUCAUUUCUUGAAAUCGCACCACAGGACUCUUACCUCUAAGAAAAUUUCGAUGUGUUUUUGUGAGAUGACUGGCUGAACUUUGAGCUUUGUAACCACGAUAUAAAUUUUCUUAUAUAACAGCCCUUAUAAGGGAGUGAAACUUGAAAGACUGAGGCUUGUUCUCUCAGUACCCAUACUAAAAUUCCCCUGAAAAUAAAAAUCGACAGCUAGGCUGUUUGAUUUCCCACUGGCAUACAAACGGAAAGAAGUUCUUAGAUGAACAGAAAGAAAAACUUAUCUUGACUCGUUUUCCGGCUCAUAUGAACAGGUAAAAUAUUUCAGAGUACCUUGUUUUUCCUUUUUUUUUUCAGUCCUUGCUGGCCGGAGGUAACUUUUCCCUUGCGAUCUUACUUAUGGCUAUAACAAACUUUGCUGGAGUGUUUAGUGUGGCGCCUAUGCUGAUCUGGAUGACUGAUCUCAGCAGUGGCGUAAAUGUGAACAGAUUUGGAAAUAUCAUGAUUGUAUUUGCUCUAGUAACUGUACUACCGACCAUUGUAAGUAUUAGUAGGAGGCUUAUAGAGAAAACGUUGGGUUGAGUAACGAGAGCAUACCUUCAGGCGGGCUUAGCGAACACUGUUUUUUUUUCAAAAAGAUUUUUAUUUCCUCCCCAACCAGUUAAUGAUGAAUAUUCGUGGGAAAAUAGCCGUUUCUCAGUGCCAUUCAGUACGAGUCAAAAGUAUUUUUUCCCAACUAGCAACUUUGACCAAGAACAAAGCCCCUGCCGAAAGAAUCUUAGAGUUAUUAUUUGUUUGCCAGCAAACAUAAUUUUUUUGUAGAUUGUCAGUCUUUGAUUUAUUGUUUUUGCCCUAUAAUGUCUUGACAUUGUUCGAGGAAACUCAUGCCACUCUUUAAACCAAUCAGAUGCAAAAUUACAAUCAACGUUUAAGGCAUUUCAUGUAUGCAUAAAUGUUCGAUAAUAAGCGCGAGAUUUCUUUCGUAGGACAAUGUUGCUAAGGGCGAAACCCGAAUCAACCAUCAAACAUAGAAAUUAAGAGCAAAUAUUCAGUAUUCGGUUCAGCCAAAUAGUUCAUAAAUAUUUAAAAAAAUCAUCCGUCUGUGAGUGGUGCAAACCAUUUCACUUACUUCACUUAGUGACUGAGCGUCCAAAAAAAAAUGUUGUCGCUUGAAGAGUUGCGUUGCGGGCCAACAAAUUUUUUUGUCAAUAUGCACAGGUUUGAGUCAGGGCCCAAAUAGAAGGAUCGUUAGAGAGGGCUGCAUAUGUCGUUCAUUUUUACGCGUUUAUUUGGAUUCCCAUGAGCGACAAAGACAGAUCUUUUCCUCAAAAUCAAGCACACAAGUGAUUAGAAUAAAGAAGAACAUCAAUCAGGAAUUAUUAAUUGAUCCAAUACCAAAUUCUCCGAACUAACCUCAUAACAAUUUUAUGGCAGACAGUUUGGACAAUCUAUCGGUUCUUUGCAUUCAUUGACUGCUUGCUACCUUUCAGAUCGGCAAGUUGCUGAGAAUUUUCAAUGCUGUUGCCGAAAAAAUCGACUCAUAUAACAGAGGAAUCCACUACACUGUAAUAACGCUAUUCCUUCUCUCUACGUGGCCUGAAGUGAGCAGAGCGCAAGUAGAGGAGAAGUUUAAUAACAUUGUGUCUAUGAACAUUCUCAUUAUCGUUGGAUACUCCUCUAUCAUGCAUAUCAUGUUUCUGUUGCUCAACUGGAUCGCGGGAGGAUUUCUUGGCCUUGCUCUGCCGGUUAAGAAGACAGUUGUGAUCCUUGGAAGCCACAAGGCAUUGUCGUUUGCUCUUAAGGUGCUCAGGUUCCUGUCGACCAAUGUUGGCUCAAGGAGACUGAUGUCAAUCGUUUGUAUAAUCUCAUAUUUGACGCUUCUUGUCCUCGACUCAAUCAUCGUUUGCAAAUGGGCCACAAUCACGGAGGACGAAAAGGACAAGGAUAAAUCUGCGGCUAGUGCAAAAUAUGGAACGUUGCCACAAGACAGCGACUGACGACUGCGAUAUAAAUUUAGUUUCAUUCGAGUAUUGGAGGAAAAUUGGUUACGGGCUGACAAAUCUUAGUCAACUGCGCCCCUUUCUUUGUCUAACAUUUUGGGAAAGCACAAAAAAACUAAGACAAUUGACACACAUCGGCGAAAUCGUAAAUGAAAAAGGAAAAAGUAAAAAAGUAAAAUUUAAGAGGCACUGACUACACUUUAAUUUCUGUGUUAAACAAGCUGAAAGAAUUCACGAAGAUCUACAACCGUGUGUUAGAUCACCCAAUCUAUUGAGGUACCGAAACUGACGGAAUUUUUCGAGUACAUGCGUGCACUGUAUUCCGGUUGACAAGGAUCCUUGAAAGGUUAUCUAACGACCAUUUGAAAUCACUAUCUUUGACGAUGUUUGAUAAUCAUGGCUUAGUUCUGUUUUUAUCUUUCUCGUGCGCAGUCUUAAUCAGUGGUGGAGUAUGGGUCUCCGCCCCACGCCACAGCACGCUAUAGCGAGCUUCAGGGUAAUUUAGGUGCCACCGCCAUGUAUCAAGAUUCCGUUGCGUCGCCCUAGUUUCUUGCUCAUCCAUUUUCUCAGCUUUUUCGGAUCGCGAUAUUUCAGGGGAC